AUGCUCAACUCAAUCGCAACAGUGUUUGUCCGCGAUCUUCUGCGUGAUCCCAAGGCUCGAGAUGCUUCGGAUGUCGCCCACAAGGUCGUCGCCGUUGCCUCGUCCUCUUCCAAGGACAAGGCCAACAAGUUCAUCUCAACCGUCGGCAUCCCCACUCCCUGCGCCGCCUACGCGACUUACCAGGAGCUUGUCGCGGAUCCCAAUGUCGACGUGGUUUAUGUUGCUACCCCCCAUUCUCACCAUUAUCAAAAUGUGAUGCUGUGCUUGGAGGCGGGCAAGAAUGUCCUCUGCGAGAAGGCCUUCACUGUCAACGCUGCACAGACUAAGAUCCUCUGCGAGACCGCGGGCAAGAAGAACCUCUUCUUGAUGGAGGCUGUCUGGACACGCUACUUCCCACUCAGUGUUCAGAUCCGCGAGCUAAUUCAGAAGGGCGAAAUUGGUGAGGUGCUGCGCACUGUUGCUGACACCAGCUUCGGCGAUGACGUCGAGGAGAAAUGGGGAAGUCAGCACCGCAUGGUCAACCCUGAUCUGGCUGGGGGUGCUCUUUUGGACUUGGGCAUCUACUCCCUCACCUGGGUCUUCCAGACCCUCUACCACACCCUGCCUCGAGACCAGAGAAAAGCACCGACUGUCGCUUCACAGAUGACCCCUUAUCAUCUCACCGGUGCCGACGAGUCCACCACGAUCCUGCUAAGCUUCCCCACCAGCACACCCUCCAAUGGCCCGCAUCCGCACCGCUCGCAGGGUGUUGCCAUGACCAAUAUCCGUGUUGCGGGUGACCCCGAUGAGCAGGGCACCGCCGGUCCCAAUAUUCGUAUCCAGGGCACCAAGGGCGAGAUUCAGGUUUUUGGAAACCCCUUCCGCCCAAAGAGCUUCCGUCUUAUCCCAAAGAAGGGCCUCGGCGAAGUUCGGACUGUGGAGGGCUCAUUCCCUGCUGAGGGCCAUGGUAUGUAUUGGGAGGCGGACGAGGUUGCUCGCUGCCUGAGGGAUGGCAAGCUGGAGAGCGAGGGUCUGCCGUGGGAAGAGAGCAUCGUCAUCAUGGAGGUCAUGGAUGAGGUGCGCAAGCAAGGCGGUUUGACUUAUCCCCAGUCGAUUGAGUCGACGGAGUAUCCGCUACAGCUGUAG